AUGUAUGAUAACGACAACUACUUCUACAGCGAUGACAAUGACACUGACCUGCUGUACAAUUACAGCUACAAUCCAACCAACCUUGGGGAGCACUCCAACUCCAGUCUUCCCCAUUCUCACAUCUACCUGCCACUGCUUUAUUUCUUCAUGUUUUUCACAGGCUUCCUGGGAAACCUCUUUGUGAUCAUGGUCAUGGGCAGCAGGGGGAAGAGGGGUGGGCGUCUAGUGGAUACAUUUGUGGUUAAUCUGGCGCUGGCGGACCUGGUGUUUGUCCUCACCCUCCCACUGUGGGCCGUCUCCUCCAGUCAGGAGGGACACUGGCCUUUUGGGAACCUCCUCUGCAAACUCAGCAGCUACAUCAUCUCCGUCAACCGCUUCUCCAACAUCUUCUUCCUGACCUGUAUGAGCGUGGACCGUUACCUGGCCGUGGUGCGCCUCAUGGACUCCCGCUUCCUGCGCAGCAGCCAGUGUGUGCGUUUCACCUGCGCCGUUGUCUGGCUGCUAUCCCUGGCUCUGGGUACCCCCUCCCUGGUGUACCGUAGCGUACGUACCUCCAACGGUGAACCCUUCUGUCUGGAGGACGAAGAGUCGUCCUUCUUCCAGGGUCUGAGCCUGACCACGGUUUUCCUGACCUUCGCCCUGCCAGUGUUCAUCAUCCUCCUCUGCUACAGCUCCCUCCUGGCCCGCCUGCGCCGACACUGUGUUGCCACGGGCAACMCCCAUGCGGAAGCCCGCCGCCGCCACUCUCUCAAAAUGGUCUUCACCAUCAUCGUGGCCUUCGUGGUGUCUUGGCUUCCCUUCAACAUCUUCAAGACCCUCCUAAUUGGUUUCAGGCUGUCUGGGGCCGAUCUGAGCAAUGAGACCCAGUCUGUCCUGAGUCAGGGCCUCACUCUCUCCUGCUGCUUGGCCUUCCUCAACAGCUGCGUGAACCCGGCCAUCUACCUGCUCCUGGACCACCACUUCAGACGGCAGGCGGAAAGCCUGUUUCUGAGCUGCGUGCGGAAGCGUGGGCUGCACCAGGGCUAUGCCUCGUCCACCGACUUCUCCUACAACGGCACCUCAGAGAGCUGUGGCACAACAGCCUCCAGAACUCAUUUCCAAUCGUUCGACCAGAAAGUCUGA